GUAGCGGGGUGGCGUUUAUAAAUGGUUAUGCCAAUUCCAAAGUGACAAGUCUCGAUUUGAACGAGUCUUGAAGAGCAAGUGAAAGCUGAAUUCAACCCACCACCGUCUCAACAUAGUUAAACCCAACCAAACCUUGUUCUGUUUAUCAUCGAAACAACCUCGUCCAUCGAAAUCCACAAGUACAAGGAGGCAACGACACAGACACAGACACCGACACCGACCCAAACAGAGUGAUUAUCAUAAUGGCAUACGUGGAUCACGCGUUCUCGAUUUCGGACGAGGAUUUCAUGAUGGAAACCUCGUACACCGUCAAUAACAAACCCCCCAUCAAGGAAAUCGCCCUCGCCGUUUCCCUUCUCGUCUUCGGUACCCUCGGCAUCAUCAUCGGUUCUCUCAUGGCAUACAAACAUGUCGGUGGUGACACUGCUCACGGGCUGUUCUUUGCAAUACUGGGAAUGAUCUUGUUCAUACCGGGUUUCUACUACACGCGGAUUGCAUACUAUGCUUACAAGGGAUACAAGGGGUUCUCUUUCUCUAACAUACCUCCAGUGUAGCUAUUUGGCCAUCUGUCAUAAUUUAAGUUCGCAUAGCGUCUUCAUGUACAGAUCUUCCCUGCUUGUACUCUACGUUCUUCCUUCGUUGUGUUUUCUUUUUAUUUUUCGUUUUUGUUUUGCCUUAUAAAGAUAUGUGUUUAGAUUGUCAUUACUCUGAAUGAUAUACUGCUACUCAUUAGUCACUACUGCUAAGAUUUUGUUCUAUAGAGUCAAUAGUUCUGCUAUAAAAUCCUUUUUUGCCAUUGGUGAAUGUAGAUAGUUUCAUUUUCUGUAUGAUUAUAAGCCUGGGUGAAUAGAAGCACAAUUUGAGUACUUAUUUCUUUUUUCCUAUUCCUAACUUGAUAUUUGUU